GAAUUCGUUUUUUUUUGGGUAAUGGACAGAUGGGUGGUGUACGAGAGGGCAGAUAGAGGGGGGUCAUAACCACAAUAGAGAUUGAGGGUGUAUGAGAUGGCUGAAAUCGCUGUCUGCCACUUCGUCAUGGUUGUCAUUGAUGUCGUGCAGGGGAUGUCGAAGGCAUCGACGCUCAAGCACCUCCAGGAGCAGUUGAAGAAACAUUUCACGAUCGAGGGGACACGGGGGAAGAAUGUGGGAAAGGGAUCGAAGUACUGGAGGUGCAACUACUGCGACCUGCGGUUGGCCGAGACUGCCAGGAGGCUCCGGGAUCACUUCUUGGAUAGGUGCACCCUUGAUAACGUAACUGUCCCGUUGUCAGUGGAGGAGAGGGCGAGGAGGGAAGCUGGAAUGUUGGAGGGGAAGUGCCUUGCUCGCAUGUUGAUGCAGAUCGAGGCUGGAGGUGCUGGACCCAGCAACAUGCCGACCGCUUCAAGUCAUGCACUGGAGUUUCCAAGCUCUCAGGUCGUUGGUGCAGGCAUUACCGGCGAGACGGCCACACCUCAGUCCACUGGGGGCACCGCUCUUGGAUCGAAGCCAAGUUUGGGCAGGCCACUGAGGCAGACAGUGAUUGAGGAGGCCGACAGUGUGGUCACGAUAAAUGAGCGUACAAGCCGAUUCCUCGACCGGUUUUUAAUAUGCACCAACCUGCCGUUCAGCUUGGCGGAGGACGUCUUCUUCCUCGAGUUCCUUCAGGCCGUGAGGACGGCCCAUCCUACAUGGAUGCCUUGCCGAAGGGACGAGCAAAGGACAAAGCGCUUGGACGCAGAGUAUGUGCGGGUAGGGGCGGAGGUCCGUGCAAUGAUAGUGAAAUGGAAGAAGACGGGGUGGAAGAUGGUGGAGUCCGCCUAUCCGACCAUCUUCAGCGUCGGUUGUACGGCACAUGCGCUGGACCUUGCGCUGGAGGACAUCUACAAGGAAAUGCCUUGGAUGGCGCAGGUGGUCGAUGCUGGCAACAAGGUCAGACGUUUCUUCUCCAAUGUGGACAAGGCAAGGGCUUUGUUCCACCAUUACUCCCCGAAGACAAAGCUGAAGCGUCCGGCGGCAACCAGAUUUGCAACGAACUUCGAGAUGCUGCAGUCGCUCAAGGAAUUGCGGAAAGCUCUUGACCGUUGUGUGUGCGACAAGGGUUGGGUGGACAAGAUGGUGCGGAAUGGCCAGUUGGUGGCAUUCCAUGAUGUAACAGCAAUCGUCCUUGACAAGGGUGACUUUUGGAGGAAUUUGCAGAAGGCGCUUGAUGUCAUGCAGCCGGUGGUGGAGCUGCUCCGUUUGGUGGAUGGGCAAGGAGCAACCAUCUCGAAGGUUUACUUCAAGAUGGAUCAGGUUGUGCAGAGUCUGCGUGCCCUGGAAUCCUUAUCGGUGGAGGAGCACGAGGCGGUGGAGCGCAUCCUCAUGGGCCGUUGGGCAUUUCUGACAAGCGAGCUACAUUGUGCUGCAGCCUUCUUGGACCCUGAGCAUCGGAUGCACAACGCACAGCGCGAUCCGGAGGUUCGUGCCGGGUUCAGCAUUUGGUUGUACUCCUGGAUGCCUCGGGAACGGCGCCAGGAAGUGAGCUCCCAGGUUGAUCAAUGGGUCAAUGCUUUGGGAGGGUGCGACCAGCCGCCAGCUUUGUGGUGGGAGGCGUUCGGCUCGAAGCACGACCUCCUCGCACCACAAGCAAUCAGAUUGCUUGGCCAGGCAAGCUCCUCUGCCGCYUGCGAGCGGAAUWGGRGCUUGCAUGARCUKAUCUAUGSAUGGAGGCGGACGAAGUUGUUGCCAGAGAGGAUGGCGAAACUGGUGUACAUCAGUUGGAAUGUUCGGCUGCUGAGGAGGAAUCAGCGUGGCGAGGGGGAUGAUACCCACAUCCCAUGGGCGGACGACGUCCCGGUGGACAAGGAGAUGGAGGAGUGGUAUGUGCACUGGUUGGAUCGGGUCCAUGAUGAUGUCGAUCGUGAGGAGGUUGUGGAGGUGGACUGCGAUGAUGAGGGAGACGAGAUCCCAAUGCGGCGGAUUUUCAUGCGGAAUGACGAAGUUGACGAAAAGCUGGUUGAGGAGGAGGAGACUCUACUUGUCGGUACAAGGCAGCGCGAUUGGCAUGAGUGCACGAAGCCUGGGAAGCACCGUGAGCAAGAGUUGCGAAGGAGAUCUGGUUGCCAGCUACCUGUGCUUGGAGAGUUGUACACAAAGAAGGGUUACUCUCUCGCAAUGGAAGCGCGACAGGUAGGCACUUGGGUGCAGGGGCGGGAUGAGGUGCGAACAAAGAGGAGAGGGAAAGAUAAGGGCAAACAGACGGUGGAGCAUGAUGAUGUGGCCGCACGGCGUGGGAAGAGGAAGGCUGUUCAGCAAGAACAGCCACGACCGAAGAGGGGCCGUCCAACUAACGCAGAACAGGCGGCACGCAAGGCGAAGAAGGCUGAAGAGAAGGCUAUCACUGCAGCAGCUGAAGCAAAAGCUGCUGCUGACAAAGCCUCAGCGGCCAAAGCCAAAGCGGCAGAGAAAGCUGCCAAAAAGAGUGCAGGUGGAGGGAAGGCCAAGAAGUCCGUCGUUGUAAGUGACGACGAUGAUGAGGAUGUCCCCGAAGAAAGUCCGGAAGAGGACGAGCCUGAAGGCUCGUCCACGUCCACGAACUCAAGUUCUUCAUCGGCUUCCUUGUCAUCUCAUACCAGUGGGAUGGAAGGCACAGAUGGAGAAGGAAGUGAGGGAGGGGAAGAAGAGGGGGAAGAUCAGGUAGAGGUUGAGUAGAGGGAAGCCGUUCAAUCUAUGAUUUCAUCAGUUUAGGUAUCCGAUGCUCCAAGUGCAGAGUUCUGACAAUGAUCGUAUUUCUGACAUGAAGCUUUGAUCU